CGGUUCACGUUCACUCUUUCUGUUUGAAGCUUAUGGUUGCAAGCUCGGAUGUAGCCACGGAAGUUAUCCUAAUUUUUUUUAUAAACUCAGUUUUUGCGAGUCAAAAAAAUGAGCUCGGUGUCGGUGCUGAAAGUGUGCACGUGCCUGUUAUUUGCACUCACGAUCCCUGCUAGCGGUCAGAUCGGCCAGUUGUUGAACGAUGAGGAAGGGCAACCGCGUGCCGGUGGCAUCCCCGGCGUCCCAGCACCCGCCCCCACGCCACCAACAAACAACAACAACAAUCGACCACCGAUGUUCCCCCCUCCACCUAAACCCGCCCCAAGACCUCCACCCCCUGAUCCACCCUCCCCGACAGUAGGCUGUUUCCCAUGCUGCCUCAACUGCUUGGUUCUGGCUCCGUCAAGCCCGAAUAGACCUGGCUCUCCGCCGGCGCUCCCUGGACCCUUCGGGGACAUGGGUGGACUUGGAGCCAUCACGGGUAAAUUUCAAAAAUUGACCCGAACCAUCAAAUGCAUAGUCGGCUGCGUCACGAAUUGUAGUUUCCCGUAACAUGUCGCGGACAACCUCAGUUCGUUUCAUUUCGAAAUUAAAGGAUUUUGUAACGACGA